CUAGAGGCCGUAUUUCAAUACCAGAUAAGGUAAAAAAUUUACACAGAUUUUGUAAGGAUAGGAGCGUGAGUUUAUCAUGAACUUGUCAUUACCAACUGCAAAAAUAUUAAUAUUUAAUGAGGCUAUUCAGCGUAAAGUGAGGUUCGGAAGAUUUAAUUCGAUUAUCGAAUAAACAGAUUUGGAAUUCGCGUGGAUGUAGUUUACACAACAGUAGUGUUGUUAUGUAUUAUUAAUCCUCAAUUUCAAAUUCUUAUCUUACCUUAAAUGUUGUUUUUAAUUAUUAAUCGAAGAGUUUCUUUAUUUCAAAAAUGUUUCGACCCAUUUCAACUCUUAAUUUGCCAAGCGCCACGGUCGCUGAAUUGAAAAAGAAAGGAUACGUUUAUGUAGAAGAUAUUUUAAAUAGUCAGGAUUUAACAACAUUUAAUAUUAAUAAAUCUGAGAUAGAAAAGCAGUUGCGAGUACCUGAGGUUUUAGCUUUAGAUGUUUGGCAGAAUAGCGUCCAAAGAGAAAGUAUAUCAAUAUGCUGUCCUGAUUUAGAGGCUAUUCUAGGGAAUGGUUUUCAGUGCGGAGUCAUAACAGAACUAAGCGGCUCUACGUUUUCAGGAAAAACACAAAUAUGUAUACAGCUUUCCAUUGCUGUACAAUUAAGUAAAAGUUAUGGUGGUCUGGAUGGAAGGUGUAUAUAUAUAGAUACAAGAAAUGGUAUUAAUAUUUUAAGAUUUAAAGACAUUAUUCAGGGUUACAACAUUUAUUAUAAAGAUUUGCAUUUACACGAAGACGAAGCUUAUAAAAAUAUUCAAGUUUUUUCACCAAGAUCAUUGGAAGAAUUUUUAAAAAUUAUCAAUAGUUUAGAUGAUGAAUUAAAAAAAAUAAAAAACAAUAAGCAGGUUCGUCUUGUUAUAAUUGAUAGCUUGUCGAUGCCAAUAUUAUGUUCUAUUGAUGAUUCUUUGAAACGUCCUUACUACUACUCACAAAUUCUUUAUCAACUACAUAAAUUAACAGUGGAUCAUAAUAUAGCUAUUGUUAUAACAAAUGAAUUAGUAAUGCAAGCAGAUAAAGAUGGUAACUCAUAUUUUACUGCAGCUGGUGGUCAAUAUGUAGCUGAUUAUGCAUAUAUAAAAUUAGAAUUAACCAGAUUAACGAACAAUAAAUUUGCGACUCGUUUAAUAAAAAGUCCUAUAAUGCCUGAAAUGUCAAUAACAUUUAUGAUCACUCAAGAUGGUAUAAGAAACGUUUCUUAAACAAUUUCAUACAUACAUACAUAUAUAUUAUAUAUAUUAUAUAUAUUAUAUAUAUAUAUAUACCUGCAAGAGUUGUACGGUAAGCAACAGCGUGUGUUGAAAUCAUAUAAAUUUAAUUUAAUUUUAAUUAUUGCUAUUGUAUAUAGUAAGAUAUUUUAUGGAGACUUUCAAUAAACGUUUGCUUAUAUUAUUAGAUAAUUUUAUAGUAUCUUUUAUAAAUUAUAUUUUAAAUUUAACAAAAUUUUCAUAUAUAAUCUAACUUUUUGAUUGGUAACAUACAUUAAAACAAUUUAUUAUCAUAAAAUUAUGAAUUAUCGAAUAGGAAGAAUAAUCAAGAGUAGAAAAAUAAAUUUCGA